AUGCAUAGUCACGGACACAGGCCCUCCACUAAUGAUUGUCUCUAUGGCUGAGGCCGCGCCAGGCCACUCACUGUAUGACUGUACUACUGGCCAGGCAUCUGCCGAGCCCAAGCCAGGGGCCAGCGCUAUCAGGAGGGAGGCCUGCUACAUCUCCAACUGUCCCAUCGGGGGCAAGAGGUCCGUCAUGGACUCUCCACAACGCAAGUGCAUGUUGUGUGGGCCAGGGGAGCAGGGCCGCUGUUUCGGCCCCAGUAUCUGCUGUGGGGAAGGGCUGGGCUGCUGGAUGGGCUCCCCAGAGACGGCACGCUGCAUGGAGGAGAACUACCUGCCCACCCCCUGUCAGGCAGGAGGGAGACCCUGUGGAUCUGAAGAAGGACACUGCGCUGCACCAGGCAUCUGUUGUGACUCAGAGGGGUGCAGUGCUGACCAAUCCUGUCUGGCAGAGGAGGAAGGCGAUAAUCAAAUCAGCCAAUCAGAGGGCAGCGAUGACGCCCUCCUCAGGCUCCUUCACAUGGCUGGCCACACCCCUCCUCAUCGAGUCCACCAAUGAGCUGCCAAUGAUGCCAGGUUUCCAUGGGGGUCACUUGAGAGAUUGGUUGUUAGGAUUUGUAGUUCAAGGUAACCUAGUUGUAGUUCAUUGAUUCAUUCAUCUAUUUAAUAUAAUAAUAAUAUAUGCCAUUUAGCAGACACUUUUUUCCAAAGAGACUUACAGCCAUGUGUGCAUACAUUCUACGUAUGGGUGGUCCCGGGGAUCGAACCCACUACCCUGGUGUUACAAGCGCCAUGCUCUACCAACUGAGCUACACAGGACCACACCUACACACCCAUUUACUGGCCUCCUUCUGUUUAUAGGCAACCUCACUGGAUUGGAACCUGUGCACUCCUCUGUAGAUUGCCUUUGUAUUCCAUACUAAUAAUAAUAUAUUUUAUGUACUGUAUGUAUAGGAAUAGCUAUCAUUAAUCUUACAAGUGUUAAGAGUCCCCACGUGUA